AUGCCGAUGGAAAUGUUUCAACACGCUUAUGAAGUAUUGGACGCACUCAUCUAUGCCAAGGAAAUUGUAACUGGUCAACUGACUGAACCACAGGAUGUAGAUGCAAUAGUCCAUAUUACAAGAUUAAGAGAAAAGCUUGGUUUGCAAACUAUAUUAUUGAAGAGUGACUUGAAAUGGCUAAGUUCUGAGACUACAAUUAAGAAGGAACCUUUGAAAGAUGAUGGAGAAUAUAUAUAUUGCCUUCCUAGGAGGAAGUCCAAGGGUCCUGACAGUCUGUAUGAGCUUCAGGCAGUCUCUGCUCAAACAGCUCGAUGUUGCAAACAAUUUUGGAUUAUUACUGCUACAUUUGUUUCAAAAGUAACAUAUAAUAGGUUUUUUUCGAAUACUGAAGAAACAGAGCUCUUACCUAUGACGGAAUGGCUAAAGGAAAGAAAAUGCUACUACUUACUACAGACUUUCAAGAUAUUUUUCACUUUCCGAGUUAAUAAAAUAUUUGUUAUCUGGAAAAUGAAUAUUAAAAGAAUUAAGACCGAGAGGAGCAGGGCAGUUUUGUGUCACCAUCUUUUUUGGACUGAUGAAUCGUUUCAAAGCUGUUUGCUUUAUAUAAGAGGACUUUGUGAAGAUGCAGUUAGACUUAAAAAAGGUAAUGGAUAUGAAGAUAAUCCAUCUGCCAUACGCCUUGUAAAGCUGGACAGGUUUCAUACCUGUUCUCUAGAUGAAUUUUGUGAAGAACAACUAAAACAAGCUUCAAGAGCAUUGAAACAGUUUGAAGAUGUCAGAGAUAAAGCAAUUUCAGAGAUAAAAAGAACAGUUUUAAAGGUGGCAGAAAGGAAAGAUUUGAAACAAUAUUUUGAAUCAGAUCUCUCUGUAUAUGAUGACACAACACAUUUCAAACUGCCUAAAUAUCGACGUUUAUUAGAAACAGUCUUCAGGUUUAUGAUGCUGGUUGAUUGCCUAUUCCAGGAGCUCAUUCGCCAACUUAUGAACACUGCAAUCACAUUACUUUUGGAUUUAUUUAAUAGUUCUGCCAGAAUGCCACUUUCAAAAGAAAAAAAGAAUGAUGAUCUAAUCAGAAUAUACAUGAACAAUUUAUCUGGCACUAGAACUAAGUCUUUAAAAAGCAACUAUGAAGAUCUCUAUUGUCCACCCAUCGGUGGUUCUCGUGUUCUAAACACAGAAGUAAAAACUCAGGAUGAAAUCAAUGAGAUUUUGAAUAAUAUUCAGUUGGAGAGAGAAUUGAAAACAAUAUAUGCACCAAUAUUUGAAGUCGAUAUACAUUUGAGAACUCCUACUCAGAGUUGUUCACCAGAAGAUUCUGAGGAAAACAAUUUUGAAGCUGACAAGUCUUCUAGGAAAUCAGUGAUAUAUUUUGGAGAUGAUUUAUCAGAUGAUAGUGAAGAAGAAGCUAUAAAAGUCGAGAGAUCAAAAAAAUUCAGUUACAACCUUGAAGGACGCCUUUUAGAAAUGGAAAUUGCAAAUGAGCCUGAGAAUAAAUGCAUGUGUGAAGCAACUGCAGAAUUCCCUACAAAUAUCUGUAUAGUUCCCAACAGAUUGGAAUUUUCAAUAAAAAUUCAAAAUAUGGUGACUAGUAUUGAAAAAUGUAUAACCAAAAUUAAUCCUCUGUGCCAAGAUCCUCGCCUCUCUAUUUUCAUUGAUCCAGCUUCAAUUAUUGGUUUAACUACUAAGGCAGAAAAUACAAGAAUACAUAAGAAGAUCAAAUGGCCAGAUUGUCAGAUCCUAUUUGAAAUGGACCCUGUCUAUCAAAGUAAAGUUGUGAAUCUCCUGACUGUUAUUGGUAAAUCAAUGGGACAAGUUAGUUCUUACAGCAACAGCUUUCUGAAAUAUUGUACCAUGGUGGAAAAGUCCAAAAUCAUGACUAUGAAAAUGUCAUCUUUGGGAGGUGAAUUGACUUCAAUACAGUUUAAAAAAGUACUAAAUAAAUUCAGAAAAUAUCUUACAAAGAUUGUGAACAUGACCAUUGAGAAACGCAUUGGUAUUUUCAAAGUUAUGAGUGUUGAUUAUCAAUCAGAAUGUUUGCCAUUUGUUGAUGAUGUCAUAAUUAUGUGCCACAUCCUUUUACGACGUAUAAUGCAACAGAGGAAUGAAAAUCUAUUGGAGGAAAUAGAAUCAUCGUUGAGAAAACUGGAAUGUGAACCCACUGAAAUAGAAGAAUUUGUGAACCAUUUUACUUUUUUGGAUGAAGUUUCCUUAGAAAUACCUAAAUUAGAAAGAGAGUACUUAGCAAUUGCUCAACUUAAUGCAGUUGUAAAGUAUUAUCAGAUCAUUAUUCCAGAAGAAAAUGUUGCCUUGUAUAAACUCCUUCUCACCAAAUUUAGUCAGUUGAAAGCAGCUGUGAAGUUAAGUGAAGCAAAUAAAGAUGUUGUUUUCUCUAAAUUUAAAGAAAAUUUGGAAGCAUAUAUCUCUGUCCUGCAGGCUGACGCUAUUAAUUUAAAAGAAAAGAUAAGAAGUCCUGUUCUGUUAUGUAACAGUACCCGCAUGUCAACAGCAGUGGAGAUGAUCCACACUUUCACAGAAGAAGCUGCAACUUUGUCCAGCAAAGCUAAAGCCUAUGCAACUUACCAGGAUUAUCUAGAUGAUGCCCACUGCACUGUGCACUCCAUUAGUAUGGAGGAGACCGCCCAGGCUGUGCUCUCAGAUAUCUCGGAGAUUGAAUGUGACUUAAUGUUGAGAAAAUUAUUGUGGGAUUCACAAGAGGAAUGGGGAAAACUCUUUCGAGAAUGGAGAAAAAGUCCUCUUCAACAGAUUGAUAUAGAGUCAGUACAGAGGAAUGUUUCAAAAUGGAUGCAGAUCAUCUCAGUACUAGAAAAAGGCUUACCUAAAAACGAUAUGGUAACACAUUUUAAGCAAAUGGUGACAGAUUUUAAACAAGAGCUGCCUAUCAUCAUAGCUCUGGGAAGCCCCUGUCUCAAGCCCAGGCACUGGGAGGCUCUCCAUGAGAUUAUUGGAAAGUCCAUUUCCCUCGAUAAAAACUGCUCAGUAGAGAAUCUUCUAUCACUCAAGAUGUUACAGUAUGAAGAUGAAAUAAACGAAAUAUCAAAUGCUGCAACUAAUGAAGCUGCUCUUGAAAAAACGCUGUUUAAGUUGAUCGAUCUUUGGAAUAGCACCCCUUUAAAUUUGAUUCUUCAUCAUACAGAGUCUGGUCCUAUCCCAAUAAUUUCUUCUAUCGAUGACAUAUUAGCUCAGUUAGAAGAGUCUCAAGUCAUACUUGCAACACUUAAAGGAUCUUCCUAUCUUGGGCCCAUUAAGGAUCUGGUGGAAACAUGGGAUGACAACUUGACUCACUUCUCUAAUACUCUUGAGGAAUGGAUGACGUGUCAAAGGAAUUGGCUUUAUCUUGAACCAAUCUUUUAUUCUUUAGAAAUACAAAGGCAACUUCCAUCAGAAGCAAAACUUUUCUCAAAGGUGAUUUCUAUAUGGAAAGAUGUCAUGUCAAAAAUACAAAACAAACUGGAAGCUUUGCAAAUAACGACCUCUGCAGGAAUUCUUAAAAUUCUGAAAAAAUGUAAUAUGUAUCUUGAAAACAUCAAAAAGAGUCUGGAGGACUACCUUGAAACUAAAAGAAUGAUUUUUCCACGAUUUUACUUUCUCAGCAACGCUGAACUUCUUCACAUUCUCGCUUCUAGUAAAAAUCCUGAGUCUGUGCAGCCUCAUCUUGAUAAAUGUUUUGAAAAUAUAAAACAGCUGAUGAUAUACAAACAAGAAAUUGGCCCCCCCGCUGUCAUGAUGCUCAUCUCUGCUGAAGGAGAGAGUCUUAUGCUGCCACAGAAGAUUCGAAUACGAAGUGCUGUCGAGCAGUGGCUGGUAAACGUAGAAAAGAGCAUGUUCGACAUGUUAAAAAAAUUUGUUAGUCAUGGAAUUGAAGAGUGGAACAACCAACGCUUUUCCACGUGGGUGGUGUCGCAUCCCGGACAAGUGGUGCUCACUGUGAGCCAGAUUAUGUUUAACAAUGAUUGUGUCAAAAGCUUCAUGAGUUCUGAUCCAAGAGCAGACUUGGAGACAGUCCGUGCUGGUGUGAUAGCGCAUCUUGAGGAGGUUGCUGAGCUGGUUGUGUUGAAUAUUAAUAACUUCCGAACUAAAGCCGUCCUGGGCUCACUGCUUAUCCUUUACGUUCACUGCAGAGACAUAGUGAAAGAUUUACUACUUAAAAAUAUCUUUAAUGAGAAGGAUUUUGAGUGGACAAGGCAUUUGCAAUAUAAAUGGAAUGAAAAACUAAAGAUAUGCUAUGUAUCUCAAGGAAAUGCUAGUUUUACUUAUGGCUAUGAAUACUUGGGCUGUUCCCCAAGACUGGUGAUUACGCCGCUUACAGAGAGAUGCUGGUUAACUCUCACGGGAGCACUCCACUUGAAUCUCGGAGGCUGCCCUGCAGGGCCAACGGGUACAGGGAAAACUGAAACUGUCAAAGAUCUCGCAAAAUCCUUAGGAAAACAUUGUGUGGUCUUCAACUGUUUUGACAAUUUGGAUUACAAGAUAAUGGGGAAAUUGUUGUUCGGACUAGUUCAGUCAGGAGCGUGGUGUUGUUUUGAUGAAUUCAGUCGAAUUGAUGUGGAAGUUCUCUCUGUCAUUGCCUCACAGAUCCUAACAAUUAAGGAAGCAAAAGACAGCUAUUCUGUCCGAUUUGUGCUGGAAGGCAAGGAAAUUCGUAUCAAUAUGGCUUGUGCAAUAUUUGUCACCUUGACUCUUGGCUAUGAAGGUCAAGUAGAACUUCCAGAUAACCUAAAAUCUCUCUUCCGUCCAGUGGCAAUGAUUGUGCCCCAUUAUCGAAUGAUUAGUGAAAUAAUAUUAUUUUCACUUGGUUUCAAAUCUGCAAAAAUCCUCUCUGGAAAACUAGCCAACCUUUAUGCAUUAUCUAGCGAACAUCUCUCACAGCAGGAUCACUAUGACUUUGGCAUGAAUUCCCUGAAGACAGUGUUAAUAAUGGCUGGGAAGAAGAAAGAGAAGUUUCAAUGUGACACUGAUGAGAGUCCUUCUGAAGCUGAGGAAACUCUAAUAAUGAUACAGGUCAUAAGAGAAUCGUGUUUACCAAAAUUCCAUCCUAAAGAUGUCCCACUUUUUGAAAAGAUUUUAGUAAAUAUUUUUCCUGGAGCUACAGUUCCCACCAUAAAUCAGCCUGCCUUGAAGAAAGCCGUACAUUUUGCAACCACACAAUUGGGCUUACAACACUGGCCAUCUCAGGAAGAAAAAAUCAUACAAUUUCAUAAUCAACUUCAGGCUUGCACUGGGGUGAUGUUAGUGGGCCCAACAUGUGGAGGAAAGACAACAGUCAGAAGAAUUCUAGAAAAAGCUUUGAUAAUUUUACCAGUUGUCGAGAGCUUACCAAACGAAGAAAGGAAAUCUUUUUCAAAGAUUCCAGGGAGAAAAGGAAAAGUAGAUAUUUGUGUUUUAAAUCCAAAAUGUAUCACUCAUGGUGAACUAUAUGGACAACUGAACCCUAAUACAAUGGAAUGGACUGAUGGAAUAUUAUCAGCAGUAAUUCAUAAUUACGUACAUUUUAAUGUUAAAAGGCAAUCAAGAAAAGACUUGGAUCUGGGCUUGAGGUCAAGAAUCUCAGACAUAGCUAAUAUUUUCAAACUUGAGACUUCUGAUACAGCAGAUAUUUAUAGUAAUAUUGUUGAGAAGGAGAUGCAUAAAGAAAUUAAAGCACCAGAAAGUCAAAAUUUUGCCUGGCAGUGGAUUGUUUUAGAUGGUCCUGUGGAUCCCUUGUGGGUGGAAAACCUAAACUCCAUUCUGGGGGAGAGUAGAACGCUGUGCCUAGCAAACAGUGAGCGAAUCACCUUAACGGACAGCAUCAAAGUGAUUUUUGAAGUGGACAGCCUCUCUCAGGCCAGUCCGACCACCAUCGGCUGCUGCGCUAUGGUCUAUAUGGAUCCUGUUGAUCUGGGAUGGGAGCCUUAUGUCAAAUCAUGGCUUUUGAAGACUUCUAAAAUUAUGAGUCAAGAAGGAGUGAAAUGCCUUGAAUUUAUGAUUAAAAGAAGUGUCCCUGAUGGGCUGCACUUUCUAAAGAAACAUCAGAAAUUUCAGCCAUUCCCAGUACAGAACUUAACAAUUGUCAUCACUCUUUGUAGGAUUCUUGAUGCUUUCUUUGAAUUCAUGGAUAAAAACGGAGGCUUGGGACAAAAUGAUGAUUCUAAAGACAUUUCAACUGUGAACACAUCUACUUCAAAAUCAAAAGUCAAAUUCAAGGUUACACCAAACAAGGCUGAAAAUGCAUGGUAUCUGGAGAAAAACCCUGACAAAUUAACAAUCAUGAUUCAGAAGCUUUUUGUGUUUGCGUUUACUUGGGCAUUUGGAGGGACAUUAAGACGUGAAGAUGAACAUGAAGAUGACAUACUAUUUAGUGCAAGUUUUGAGCCUGAUUCUCUUGCAAAAGUCACAUAUGAUUUUGACAAGCUUGUGCGUGAAUUAUUUGAAAACAGUUUACAAGAAGGCAUCAAAUUACCAACUGGUGAUCGUUCAAUCUUUGGGUAUUUUGUGGAUAUACAGCAAUGUGAAUUCACAGCGUGGUCAGAAUUAGUUCCUACUACUCAGGCCCUAGUUCAAAGAGGAACUUCAUUACUAACUGACCCUCAAGGAUCCAAUGAAAACCUCUUGAAGAUAACAGAGUGUGGAGAGUACAUUAAUCACACUGCGACCAGAGAUACAAUGUGCCUUUCUUUUCUCAGCAGUCUUCUGUUAAAGAAUUCCUACCCCGUACUUCUCACAGGAGAACCUGGUGUUGGGAAAACCGCUGCCAUUAACCAAAUGCUUGAAAAGUUAGAGGGACCAGGAGCAUUUGAUAUAAACUAUGAAUCAACAUUGGGAGAAGUCCUAUUAUACAAUGAAAUUAAAAGAUCAAGCAGCCUGAAACAGAAUAUCAGCAUCUUGUUUUCUGAAACUCGUAAGUCAGCAACUGGAAAUUCAGAUAUGACUAUGAAAAAAUCAGAAGUUAGAACGAGUGAAGUAUCAUGUAAAAAUAUUAAUAAGGGGAUUAUAGUCUCAAGAAUAAAUUUUAGCAUCAAUAUAACAACUGCGAAAGCCAAGGAGAUGAUUCUUAAGAAGCUAAUAAGAAGAAGUAAAGACACUCUUGGAGCACCAAAAAACAAUAGAAUUGUAAUAUUUAUUGAUGACCUGAAUAUGCCAGCAUCAGAGAGAUACGGAGCCCGACCACCAUUGGAAUUGAUCAGACAAUUAUUAGAUUUGGGAGGGAUUUAUGAUACUGAAAAAGUUACAUGGAAGAAUAUUCAAGACCUCUCUCUGGUUGCAGCUUGUGCCCCGCCCAUUGGUGGCAGAGAUAUUAGCCCACGUCUCCUCAAGCACUUCUCCAUACUGGUCUUGCCUCAUCCUCCGCAGAGUGCCUUGAAUACUAUUUUCCAGACUCAUUUGGAAAUGUAUUUCUCCAUCAAUAACUUCACAUCUGAAGUUCAGAAAAGUAAGGACCAACUCAUAUGCUGUUCCCUCGCUAUCUACUAUCAAGUGCGUCAGAGUAUGCUGCCCACCCCAACGAAGUGUCACUACAUAUUUAAUCUCCGAGAUGUUUUUAAGCUUCUUCUCGGCCUGCUGCAAGCUGACAAGGCUGUUAUUAACUCUAAAGAGAUGGCCGCGCUGCUCUUUGUGCAUGAAGCCGCCCGAGUGUUUCAUGAUCGUUUAAUUGAGCAUACCGACAAAGGACUUUUCUAUCAAUUUCUUUCAAGGGAGCUUAAGAACUACUUUCAAAUUUCAUGGACCAAAGAAAAGUUGAUGAAUGACUCGACAGUCUUUGUAGAUUUCUUGAAUAUCAACAAGCCUCAUGGGAAAAAGAUCUAUAAGAAUACCAAUAACUAUUAUAAACUUGCCAGUAUACUUCACGAAUUCCAGAUGAAAUUGGGGCCUACAUCUUUGGAGAUUUCUCAUUCUCUGGUGUUCUUCAAAGAAGCCGUACAACAUAUUACAAGAGCGACAAGGGUCAUUCGACAACCGUGGAGUCACAUGUUACUGAUUGGAAUAGAUGGUUGUGGAAAAACAACAUGUACAACUUUGGCCUGUCAUUUGACACAACACAAACUGUACCAAAUGCCUGUAUCUCACAAUUAUGCCUACCUAGAAUUUAAGGAAGACUUUAAAAAAGUGUUCAUUCAAACAGGAUUAGAUGAAAACCCUACUGUUUUGAUGGUCGCUAAUUUAAAUAUAGAUCAAGAGAAACUAUUGGAAGAUUUGAAUUACAUUUUGAAUUCAGGAAAAAUACCUGACUUGUUUGAAAAUGAAGAGCUGGAUUCUAUUAUGCAAAGGAUUAGAUCUCUUGCUGAACAGACUGGUUACAUAGAUAAUAGUAAAGAAGCUUUAUUUUCAUUCCUCCAAAAGAGAAUACAUAAAAAUCUUCAUAUUUUUAUGACUAUGAAUCCUGAAGAACCUAAUUUUCGCCAGACUUGUAGAACAUUUCCUUCUUUAAUUACUUCCUGCACAAUCAAUUUGUAUGAGAAGUGGCCAGAAGAAGCCCUCCUUAUUGUAGCCAAUUCUUUCUUAACAGAAAAGGUUAACUUGAAGAACAGAAAGGAUAUAAAAGAAAAACUUGCCUACACAUGUGUCCAAAUCCACAGAAGUAUAUCAGAAUUGGGCAUAAAAUUCUUUCAAGAAACUGGAAGGUAUUAUUAUAACACUCCCCAGAACUACUUAAAAUUCAUGGAAACAUUUUCAUUCAUUUUGAAGUCACGAGAGAAAGAUAUGCAAACAAAAAGGGAUCGUUUUCAUAUGGGUCUAUCAAAGAUCCUGGAAGCAACUACACUAGUUACAGAUAUGCAGGAGGAGCUCCUGAUUCUUGGUCCUCAGAUAGAACAAAAAUCAAAGGAAAUAGAAAUCCUUAUGGAAAAUUUACGGAAAGAAUCACAAAUAGUUGAGAAAGUUCAGAUGCUUGUUAAGCAGGAUGAAGAAAUUAUGGCAGAAGAAAUAAGAAUUGUAGAAGAAUAUGCUCAGAAAAUGAGCACUGAACUUAAAAGUGUACUUCCAGCUUUUGACAAGGCAAUUGUAGCUCUAAAUGCUCUGGACAAAGCUGAUGUUGCUGAAUUAAGAGUGUACACAAGGCCUCCCUUCCUGGUACUGACGGUCAUGAACGCAGUCUGCAUUCUGCUGCAAAGGAAACCCAACUGGACUACAGCCAAGUUACUUCUUUCUGAAACGGGUUUCCUUAAAAAACUGAUUAACCUUGACAAGGACAGCAUACCUGAGAAGGCUUUCCUGAAGCUGAAAAAAAUCAUAAACUUGCCUGAUUUCAACCCAAGCAAGAUUGCUCUAGUUUCUCUAGCUUGUUGCUCCAUGUGCCAGUGGGUGAUAGCGUUGAACAACUACCACGAGGUGCAAAAGGUGAUGGGCCCUAAGCAAAUCCAAGUGACUGAAGCUCAAAAUGUCCUUAAAAUCGCACGACAAAGUUUGGCUGAGAAACAAAGAGGUUUAAUGAUGGUUGAAGAACAUCUGCUCUCUUUACAAGCAACCUACAAAGAUAUUGUUGCCGAAAAAGGACUCUUAGCCAAUCGGAGAAUACUGGCCACCAAGCGCUUGCAGUGUGCAUCUGUCCUACUGACUGCCCUGGAAGAUGAAAAGACUCGAUGGCAGGAAACAGUCUCUCAAAUUGACAAGAAGUUGAGGGGGAUUUGGGGUGACAUUCUUCUGUCAGCAGCGUGCAUUGUCUACAGUGGCGUGUUAACAGCAGAAUUUCGACAGCUGAUUGUGAAUAAAUGGGAGACUAUAUGCGCUGAAAACAACAUUUCUUUGUCUUCAAACUUUUCAUUAAUCCAAGUCAUGACACAAAAAAAUGAGAUCCUCCAGUGGCAUAACCAGGGGCUGCCUCCGGGUAAGUAUUCGGCAGAGAACGCCAUCCUGAUCAAGAAUGGCCAGCAGUGGCCCCUGCUGAUUGACCCCCAUAAGCAAGCCUAUAACUGGAUCCGUCAGAUGGAAGGGGCCAGACUACAGGAGGUCUCCACUGAGGACAGCAAUUAUAUUAAGAAAAUUGAAAACGCUAUGAAAACAGGAGGGACUGUCCUCUUGCAGAAUCUCCCUGAAACGUUAGCUCCGAGUUUAAAGGCAAUUUUAAGGAAGGCGAUCUAUAAGAAAAAAGGACAAUAUUUCAUAAGGAUUAAUGAUUCUGAGACUGAAUACAACUCCGAAUUCAGGUUAUACAUAUCUACGGAAAUAGCCAAUCCUCACUUUCUUCCAUCAGUUUAUAACUUCGUUACUAUGAUCAACUUCACGGUAACGUUCCAAGGGUUACAAGAUCAACUCUUAUCUACUGUCGUGAUGCACGAGGUCCCUCACUUAGAAAACCAACGCUUCCACUUGUUGGAGAGCAUUCCCCACGAUGAUGUCAUUCUUGAAGAGCUCGAGGAAAAAACCUUAAAUUUACUGCAGAAGACGCAAGGUUGCAUAUUAGACGAUGAGGAUCUCGUCGACAUCUUACAAAAAUCCAAAACGACUUCCAAUGAAAUUUCAAAGCGCAUCAAAGCAACCGAAAGGGCCGAAUACGACAUCCAAGCCACCCGGAAAAGCUACCUUCCCAUCGCUACUCAGGGCGCCCUGCUCUACUUCCUGAUAGCCGACCUCAAGCAGCUCAACUACAUGUACCAGUUCUCCCUCGACUGGUUCCGCCAGGUCUUCGUGGCAUCCGUUAUUUCCAAAAGCCCAAAGCAGGUGCACGUCAGGCCCGCUUCGAGCGUGCAAGAGGCGAGCCAAGAGCCUGCGAUGGCAAAUCUUUUACCAGAACCUGGCCGGGAAAGUGCGGGAAAUGCCUUGACCGAGAGCAUUAAGAAUUCGGUAGAUGUGUUAACAAGAAAUAUUUUUAAGGUGGUUUCUUCCUGCCUGUUUAAUCAGCACAAGCUGUGCUUCUCCUUUCGGCUGUGCACUGCGAUCAUGCAGAAUAAUGUUGGAGAGAAUCCGGUGUGGAGUCACAUGGGGUCCCUACCGGCUGAAGAGCUGGAUGUCUUCUUAAAUUCGGGCACAUUGGUAAACAUUAAAGGUGUAAUGCCCCAGCCUAAACUUGAUAGCGCAUACGAAAGGGUUAAGAGCCGGUGUCUUCAGUGGCUGUCGGAGCCCAGGUGGAAAGAGUGCCAGUAUCUCAGCAGUCAGCUAGAACCCUUCUCGCUCCUGUGCAAAUCUCUUCUCUCUAAUAAACCACAGUGGGACGCCUUUCACACCAAUAAGGCUGUGUAUUUUCUGAUGAGCACGCCCUUCGCAUCAGAAAAGGCUACAACAGAGAAAACUGAACUUUUAAAUGAAGAUGCAGACAUGUGUUAUCCUGUUAAUUUUCCCUGGGAGAAGCUCACUACAUUUCAAAGACUUAUUUUGGUGAAAAUUCUUAAACCAGAAAGUUUAAGGGAUUCAGUGAGAAAAUUUAUAACUGAAAAUAUGGGAACUGAGUAUCUUCAUACAACUGAAAUUAACUUGAAAGAGCCCUACGAAGAGUCCAAUGGCAGAAUGCCGCUGAUUCUCAUUCACUCUCACGGGAUUGACCCUACGGCCCUUCUCCUGAGAUUUGCACAAGAACUGAAAGGAACAACACAGCACGUGGCCAUGAUUUCUCUGGGCUGUGGCCAGGCAGCUAAAGCAGAAGAUUUCAUUGUUAAGGCCCUCAACAAACCAGAACAGUGGGUCUUCCUCCAGAACUGCCACCUGUCAGCCUCCUUUAUGCCAUGCCUAUCCACCAUUAUAGAAUCGUUUAAUAGCCCAGAUGUGAAGAUAGACCCUGGUUUUAGGCUCUGGUUAGGCUCAAAAUCAAACAGUUCUUUCCCAAUUCCUAUUCUUCAAAAGAGUUUAAAGGUUGCCGUGGAAUACCCCCAGGGAUUGAAGAGCAAUUUACUUCAGACGUUUGGACACAGUGGGAGUGGAGAGGUAACAGAAGAGAUAUUUGAAAAUCCUGACUUUGGACCAUGGUGGAAAAAGAUCUUAUUCAGCCUAUGUUUUUUCAAUGCUGUGAUCAAUGAAAGAAAAAAUUACGGAAUAUUGGGCUGGAAUCUUCCUUAUGAAUUUAGCUCUUCAGAUUUGGAAGUUGCCAUCAAAAUGUUGCAAAAUUUCCUGAGGGAACAUUCCACCAUUCCGUGGCAAGGUCUGCGGUACCUGCUUGGGGAAGUGAUCUAUGGCGGCCGAGUGACUGAUCACUGGGACAAGCAAGGCUUAAAGGCCCUUCUCUGUGAAUUUUGUAAUCCCAGAGUGCUGGACGAUGGCUUCAGCUUCUCUGGUGAUGAGAUCCAUCAGCCUCUGCCGGAAUCUGCACACAUAAGUGACUGCAUAGGCCUUAUCCAGUCCUUGCCUGACGACGAUUCUCCUGAGAUCUUAGGAAUCCACCCUGAGGCCACACGGAGCUACAGGGUGACCCAGGGCCAGGAGUUCAUUGAAACGCUCAUUGACAUGCAGCCAAGAGCCACCACUACCAGGCUCACAAUCAGUCGGGAAAAGAGUAAUGAUAAUUUGGUCAUGGAAAUUCUAUCUGACAUGCUGAAGCGGCUGCCACUGACUGUAGAGAAAGAAGACAGUUCUGGAACGAUAAGCACAUUGAAAAGCAUGAUGUCGAGCCCCGUGUGGGAGUCUCUUAAGAUAAAUGUCAAAGACCAUGAUCCCCUUAUCCAUUGUGUCUUGCUAACCUUUUUGAUACAAGAAAUUGGACGAUUUGAUACAUUAUUAUCUGUCAUACAUGACUCUUUGAAAAGUCUGCGUCUUGCUAUAAAAGGAGAGAUUAUCCUCACGCAAGAACUGGAGGGUACCUAUGACUCUUUCCUUAAAACAAGGGUGCCGACAUUGUGGCAGAAAUCGUCCUACAAGUCAUGUAAGCCCCUGAGUUCCUGGGUUAAUGAUCUCAUCCAGCGAUUGAAUUUCUUCAAUACGUGGGCUAAAAUAGCUUGCACUGCGAUAAAUCGACGGUAUAUGAGAUUUGUCACAGCUUGGAAGCAAUAUAGUCCAUCAGCUAAUGAACAAGUCCAAGACCUUGCUCAAGAUGAUUUCUUUGAAGGAUUUCCGGCAAAAUACUGGCUCCCAGCCUUCUUCUUCCCAAAAGGCUUUCUCACUGCUGUGCUUCAAGACUACGGAAGAUGCCAUGGAAUCUCCACAGACGCCCUCAAGUUUACCCACCACGUGAUUUCCGACUCCACCCACACGGAGGAGGAGGAGUUCUCCAUAAUAAUCCAGAAGAAGCUCAACAUGGUUAGAAGAGCCUUCAAGGGCACGGACCCAUCACAGGCUGGAGUCCACAUUUUUGGUUUGUUCAUCGAUGGAGCAAGAUGGAAUCAUGAACAAAAAAUACUGGAUGACUCACUGCCUCUUGAAAUGUGUUGCGAUUUUCCUGAUAUCUAUUUUUUGCCAACCAAAAUUUCUACUGAAAAUCCAAAGGCUUCUAACCAGACUGACUCGGGAGUCUACACCUUUGAAUGCCCCAUUUACCAGACACCGCAAAGAUCAAGAAUGUCGUCCCCUUCCAGUUUACCCACAAGCUUUCUAACAUCAGUGUGCUUACCAACGCAGAAACCUCCUAGUCACUGGAUCAAAAUUCGGGUUGCACUGCUAUGUGAGAUGAAAGAAUGAAAAUUAAACCUCAGCACCAGCAUUCCUUGGCUCUCAUCAAAUUUGCAUGUUGUGAGCACUGGCAUGUAAUAAACAUCCUUCAUAAAA